CGCUUUUUUCCCACGGAGUUGCAAACUGACACUUCUGUCAACUUCACCAUCUCCAAACCCAAAACCCUCCCGCCCUCACUUCCGUUACCAGAAAAACCUUAAACCCUUUUCGCCUCCAUCUCCAUCUUUUUUGUCAUCCCAGGAAGGCCUGCACUUUCUUUAAGUAGCAGUGUUGAUCAAAGAUGCAUAAGACACAGCCGAAAAAACAAGACAUAGUCUACACUAAGCAUCCUUACAUCGAAGAUGUCGGCCCACGAAAAAUCAAAAGUAUACAAUUCUCCUUGAUGUCUGGACAUGAGAUUGUAAAAGCUGCAGAAUGUCAAGUGUAUUUGGGUCAAUAUUAUGACACUAAUAGAAAGCCUGUUCAAGGAGGUUUAUUGGACACCCACAUGGGUCCUGCCAAUAAAAAUUCCAUGUGUCAAACUUGUGGCGCAAAUUUUAAUGACUGUCCUGGGCAUUUUGGAUACUUGAAUCUUGUCUUGCCAGUUUUCAAUGUUGGGUAUAUGACCAAUAUUUUGGACAUUUUGAAGUGCAUUUGUAAGUCUUGUUCUCGCAUACUUUUUGAUGAGAAACAAUGUAAAGCGCACUUGAAAAAAAUGAGAAGCCGUAAUCUAGAGCAUUUGAAGAGGACUGAUCUUGUGAAGAAGAUCGUAAAAAAGUGUAGCGCAAUGGCAAGCAAUAAAGCAGUGAGGUGCAUGAGAUGUGGAGAUAUGAAUGGUAUGGUCAAGAAGGCAGGGUCUGCUCUAAGCAUUAUUCAUGAUCGUGGAAAAUUAAUUGAUGGCUAUUUGGAAGAAUGUAAAUCUGCAAUUUCACAUACAAAAGAGUUUCGGGCACCAAUUAGUCCAGCUACAUAUAUCCUCAACCCUGCCAGAGUUCUCUCUCUUUUUGAAAGAAUUCCUGAGGAGGAUUGUGAAGUGCUUGGUCUGCGUGAUAGACCUGAGAAACUCAUCAUUACAAACAUUGCUGUGCCACCUUUAUCAAUCCGACCUUCUGUUGUAAUGGGUGAAACACAGAGCAAUGAAAAUGACAUCACAGAGAGGUUAAAACAAAUUAUCCAGGCUAAUGCUAGCCUUCGUAUGGAGUUGCUGGAAGGAAGGAGAAGUGCAAACAAAUAUCUGGAUUCUUGGGAUGGUCUUCAAGCUGCUGUUGCACUCUAUGUAAAUAGUGAUGUACGUGUUCCAAAUAAUGUUGAAGUUGGAAAGCCAUUGAGUGGCUUUGUUCAGCGCCUCAAAGGAAAGACUGGUCGGUUUCGUGGGAAUUUAUGUGGAAAGCGUGUUGAAUAUACUGGCAGGACUGUCAUAUCACCAGACCCUAAUCUGAAAAUUACUGAGGUGGCAGUUCCCAUCCAUAUGGCUAAGAUUUUAAGUUAUCCUGAACGUGUUUCGAACCACAAUAUUGAGAAGUUGAGGCAGUGUGUCCGUAAUGGCUCUAACAAAUACCCAGGUGCAAAGAUGGUUAGAUAUCCGGAUGGUUCUCAAAAGGUUUUGAUAGGUAAUUACAGAAAACGUGUUGCUGAGGAACUAAAAAUUGGUUGCAUAGUUGAUCGCCAUUUAGAAGAUGGAGACGUCGUUCUUUUUAACAGACAACCAAGCUUGCAUCGAAUGUCUAUCAUGUGCCAUAGGGCAAGAAUUAUGCCUUGGAGAACAUUGAGAUUUAAUGAGUCUGUUUGCAAUCCAUAUAAUGCUGAUUUUGAUGGUGAUGAGAUGAACAUGCAUGUCCCACAAACAGAAGAGGCUCGAACAGAGGCUCUUUUGCUGAUGGGGGUUCAAAACAAUCUAUGCACGCCAAAAAAUGGAGAGAUCUUGGUCGCUUCCACACAAGAUUUUCUAACUUCAUCUUUUCUCAUUACAAGGAAGGACACUUUUUAUGACCGUGCUGCUUUUUCACUUAUGUGCUCUUAUAUGAAUGAUGGCAUGGAUCUUAUUGAUUUGCCAACACCUGCAAUACUCAAGCCAAUAGAGCUUUGGACUGGUAAACAAUUAUUCAGCGUCCUACUUCGUCCAAAUGCAAAUGUGAGAGUCUACCUGAAUCUCACUGUUAAGGAGAAGAUAUACUCCAAACCUAAACCAGGAGAUAAAAGAGAAAAAGAAACAAUGUGCCCUAACGAUGGUUUUGUUUAUAUUCGAAAUAGUGAGCUAAUCUCUGGACAGCUGGGAAAGGCUACUAUAGGAAAUGGCAACAAGGAUGGACUUUACUCUAUUCUUCUCAGAGACUACAAUCCACAUGCAGCUGCUAUUUGCAUGAAUCGGUUAGCUAAGUUGAGUGCUAGAUGGAUAGGAAAUCAUGGCUUCUCAAUUGGGAUUGAUGAUGUCCAACCAGGAAAAAAACUGAUUGAUGAAAAAGCAAAAACAAUUUCAAAUGGCUAUCAACAUUGUGAUAAACUAAUACAGGAAUACAAUGAAGGAAAGCUUGCACUUAAACCAGGUUGUGAUGCCAUUCAGACAUUGGAAGCUGAAAUAACUGAAACAUUAAACAAGCUUCGAGAACAAGCUGGUGAUGUAUGCAUGAAAGAAUUACAUUGGAGAAACAGUCCAUUGAUCAUGUCACAGUGUGGAUCAAAAGGUUCCCCUAUCAAUAUCAGCCAGAUGAUUGCAUGUGUUGGUCAGCAAUCAGUUGGGGGUCGUCGUGCGCCAGAUGGAUUCAUGGAUCGAAGCCUUCCUCAUUUCCCUAGAAAAUCCAAAACCCCUGCAGCCAAAGGCUUUGUUGCUAAUUCAUUCUAUAGUGGUUUGACGGCAACUGAGUUUUUCUUCCAUACAAUGGGUGGCAGAGAAGGUCUUGUGGACACUGCGGUCAAAACAGCUGACACAGGGUACAUGUCUCGUCGACUCAUAAAGGGUUUGGAGGACUUGUUUAUUGAUUAUGAUAAUAAAGUACUAAGUGCAAAUGGAUCUGUAGUUCAAUUUGUUUAUGGAGAUGAUGGCUUGGAUCCUGCAAAAAUGGAAGGAAAAGGCGGAGUUCCUUUGAAUCUUGAUCGCUUGUUCAUGAAAGUUAAGGCCACCUGUCCUGCUGGAGAAGGGGACUACUUAUCUCCUUCAGAUAUCUCCAGCUGGGUGAAAACUUUGCUGGAUGAUUAUGACAAGGCUUUUGAUAGCGUUUGUUCUGAAGCCUUCAAACAGAACCUCAGUUUCUUCCUGGGAAAUCAUGUUAAGAGAUUGGAAACGAUGUUGAAAUUGGACAAUGGUGUUGAGGAGCAAAAUUCUGAAAAUAUGGAAGAAGUUGGAGGCGUAAGAGGAAAUACUACUAAUAUAGAGAAACUGGCACAUAAAAUAUAUGGUAUUACCAAAAGACAGUUGGAGGUCUUUCUGAAAACCUGCAUUGUUCGUUAUCUUUGGAAAAGAAUUGAACCUGGUACAGCAAUUGGUGCAAUUGGGGCUCAAAGUAUAGGGGAGCCAGGGACACAAAUGACAUUGAAGACCUUUCACUUUGCUGGAGUUGCAAGCAUGAAUAUCACACAAGGAGUUCCUCGCAUCAAAGAAAUAAUAAAUGGGGCCAAAAAGAUCAGUACACCUAUCAUUACUACUGAGCUUGAGAAUAAUACUAAUGUGAAUGCUGCCAGAAUUGUGAAAACUCGUAUUGAAAAAACUGUUUUAGGCCAGAUUGCUAAGAGUAUCAAAAUUGUAAUGACUUCAAGAUCAGCAUCUGUAGUGGUUACACUUGACAUGAAAACAAUUCAAGAGGCGCAAUUAUCUCUGGAUGCUAACACUGUGAGGGAAUCCAUUUUACAGACUCCAAGAACUAAACUAAAGCCACAGAAUAUCAAGGUAUUGGAUAUUAGAAAGUUGGAAGUUAUUCCCCUGGGUGAUAGAGAAAAAGUUCAUUUUGAGCUCCAUUCUCUUAAAAAUAUGCUUCCAUCAAUUACAGUAAAGGGCAUAAAAACUGUUGAACGUGCUGUUAUUGCCCAAAAAAAGCGUGAGGGUAAAGCAAGUAUUCAAGAGCUCCCAACCUACAACAUGUUUGUAGAAGGCAUGGGUCUUCAAGAAGUUAUGGGAACUGAAGGAGUGGAUGGACGCAAAACAACAAGUAAUCAUGUAAUGGAAAUUUUUAAGUAUCUUGGAAUUGAGGCUGCCAGAAAGUGCAUCAUUGAUGAGAUAAAAAAUGUCAUGGAAGGUCAUGGCAUGAGCAUUGACACACGUCACAUGAUGCUUUUAGCAGAUCUAAUGACAUUUAAGGGUGAAGUUCUUGGAAUCACAAGAUUUGGUAUUCAAAAGAUGGACAAGAGUGUAUUGAUGUUGGCUUCAUUUGAAAAAACAUCGGAUCAUCUGUAUACUGCAGCUGUACACGGGAGAGAUGACAGGAUUGAGGGAGUUAGUGAAUGCAUCAUAAUGGGCAUCCCGAUGCGGCUAGGCACUGGAAUACUCAAAGUACAACAAAGGGUUGAUCCACGGCCAAUGCUGACAAAAGGAUUAGAUCCUAUCAUGGCUUAAAGAGUUCUAGAUUUCAAAGUUCAUCUUGCAGUGCAACUGAGUGCACAUCCAUUACCAUCCAUCUGCUUGCUGAAGGUUAGAUAAUGUAUAUAGAAACCUAGACUGAUUUAUGUAUUAAAUUUCUUAUGUAAUUUAAGGUAAUUUUUUCUGAAAAGAAAAUGUGUGGGUUUUGGAUCUUGCUUCAAGCACACAUAUCCAUAGGGAUCGUCUGAAAGUAUCAGAUAUAAGCUGACAAAAGAAUAUCACUAAAUAUAUAUACACUUGGCUUUCCACUUUA